AUAAAAUCCAUGUUAUUUAACUUCCUUCAGAACUACCGCGUUUCACCUGCCGUUGGUGUCGUUACAUCAGAUUCGCUCUGGAUUCUUUUCACGAAACACGCCAAGGACUCCACAACAUCCAGAGGUGGCAGGAGUGUUCAAACUAAUCAACAGGCUGCCUGGUCAAGCCAGUGGAAGUAGCUACACAGCCGCGUUGUAAACGGAGCGAAGGAUACAAGCGCGGAUGUUUUGAAAACAUUUUUGACCAGUAGGGGGGACAUGACGGAAAAUAAUUGAGAAACACUGGUUUAAGGACAUUUGUUACUCAAAGGGCUCCAUGUACACACGAUAAAUUCAUAAGGACAAUUUAAGACAACCUUUAACAAGGAUGAAGUUCUGGCUCUCUUGGUGGGGAAUAUUUUGUUUCACGUUCCAUUAUACUGCAAGUGCUGAAAAAUGUGCUAAAGAUUACUGUGACGAAAAUGCAUGUAACACGACUGCUCCAAUAUUUAGCAGGAAUAAAUGCUGCUUGGAAUAUGUAAGGAAAUGUCUGGGGAAUGGAAAAGAAAAAGAAAAUGAAAAAGAAAAUGGAAAAGAAAAAGAAAAUGAAAAAGAAAAUGGAAAAGAAAAAGAAAAAGAAAAUGGAAAAGAAAAUGGAAAAGAAAAAGAAAAAGAAAAUGGAAAAGAAAAUGGGAAUGGAUGCAACAAAUUCCACGCAAUUAAGACCUUGGAGAAAAUUUUUCUGGAAAUAGAAGUAAACCAAACAUCGUGCGUCACUGCAGGCCAUUCUAUGGCCGUCCUAUAUAAACCAUCCAGAUCUGAUGACAACGACUUAAACAUUUACCUCAGUGACACUGAGGGUUCUGUAGAUGAGGAUCUGCCCGGCCGGAAAUUGCGAGCUUACCUGCCUAAAGAGCUGAAACUUGGAUCGGAUCAUACUGUCGCAUUCUGGUCGGUUCAGCUUCCAGUUGAGGAUGUUUGGAAAGGCUUAGAGAACCUGUAUGAGCACAGACUCAUUGGCCUGAGUGUCCGUGGAAUGGACGUUUCUGGACUUACGGAAUCAGUCAAGAUCACAAUCAGAAUCACUACAAACAUAAGUGAACCCUUGAACGUCACAUGUGUGUACCUAAACACCACAGGAAAUGAUACCACUCCAAGACGAUGUGACAAUAUGGACUAUAACGGGACUCACGUCACCUGUUUCUCCAGUCAUCUCACGUACUUUGGUGUGCUUCUGGUGUCUGCAGACCUCUCACCUAAAGACGCUGAGAUCUUGUUCUACAUCACCUACAUCGGCUGUGGUAUCUCUCUGUUUGGUCUGGUCGUCACUGUUUUGUUCUUCAUCUCUAAAAGGAAACUCAGAGCAGACGAUUCCAAGAAGAUCCACAUCAGCCUGGCAGUCGCUCUGAUCCUCCUCAACGUUCACUUUCUCUCCAGCCAGGCGGCGGCAGCGUCGUCCUCCACUGAGCUUUGUCUCUAUGUGGCUCUUCUUCUUCACUACUCCCUGCUGGCCUCUUUCACCUGGAUGGCCUUGGAGGGCUUCCACCUCUACCUCCUCCUGGUCAAAGUCUUCAACGUCUAUGUGAGGCGAUACCUGCUGAAACUCAGCGUGGUGGGAUGGGGUCUUCCAGCGGUCAUUGUGUCAGUGGUGGCAAUCGUCGACAAGAACUUUUAUGGCCGUACCCCUGUGAUGUCAUCCAGACCCAAUGAAACUGAAAUAUGCUAUAUAACCGAUGACAGAGUGAAGCUGGGGACCACACUGGGACUGUUCAGCAUUAUGUUCCUCUUUAAUGUGAUCAUGUUUGGAGUGACAAUCAAAUGGUUUGUGAACACCCACUUUACCAAACAGCAUGGACAGAGAGAGCGCCGUGUGGCCCUGAAAGAAAUCGUGACCCUGCUGGUUCUCAUGGUUCUGCUGGGCCUGUCCUGGGGGCUGAUCUUCUUCUCUUUGGGUCAGCUUCCUGCUCCCGGCCUCUACGCCUUCUGCAUCCUGAACUCUCUGCAAGGUUUCUUCAUCUUCAUUUACUUUAUGUUGCAUUUGAAGAAUUCAGGAAACCAAUCUGCCACUCCAAGCCCUGCAACUCAGGCUGAAAGCUCCUGACCUCCAGUGGGAUCUUACUCAGAGAGACAUUCACCUGCCUGAUUCAUUGGUCUUUUGUUUGCCUUAAGGAAAUGUGUCAGAACGUCAAACAGAUCUACGCAUCAGACAAACUUAACACAUAAAUACAAAAUGCAGCAUUUCAAUCAAAGAGUUUCUUCCAUCCAUCCAUUUUCUUCUGCUCAUUCCAAGAUGGAGUGGUUGUUAGGGCCACUGAAACAGAUCCUCACAACACCAAGUCCAAAUUACAGAC